GCUCCGGCCCAUGGCUUCUCAGCACGGCGUGUCGCGCGUCGUGGGUGGCACAGAUGCCCAGCCAGGGGCCUGGCCCUGGAUCGUCAGCAUCCAGGAUCCCUGGAAAACAGGCACGGGGCAUACAUGCGGAGGGUCCCUCAUCAGCCCACAGUGGGUCCUCACAGCAGCCCACUGCUUCAUUGAGGCCAGGCACAUCACCAUGUGGCGCGUGGUGGUCGGGGCCACCCGGUUGACUCAGCUGGGCCCUGAGGCCCAAGUGCGCCAUAUCAAGCGGCUACUGGUUCACGAGCACUACAGUAACAUCACGCAGAGGAACGACAUCGCCCUGCUGGAACUGGACCAGCCUGUGCAGUGCAGCUACUCCAUCCAGCUUGCCUGUGUGCCCGACGCCUCGCUGAGAGUGUCAGAGCUGACAACCUGCUACGCCAGCGGCUGGGGUUCCACGACUGCAAGAUGUGAGUUCCCAAAAAGUACUCGUGUCCUGAGCGAGGCCAAGGUCCGCCUCAUUGAUGUCAACCUCUGUAACAGCAGCGGGUGGUACAGAGGGGCCAUCCACACCCACAACCUGUGUGCUGGCUACGCGCAGGGUGGCAUCGACACCUGCCAGGGCGACAGCGGUGGUCCUCUCGUCUGCAAAGAUAACAAUGCAGACUACUUCUGGCUCGUUGGAGUCACCAGCUGGGGGAAAGGCUGCGCGAGAGCAAGACGGCCCGGAGUCUACACCUCCACGCAGCACUUUUACGACUGGAUCCUGGCACAGAUGGGACUGCGCCCAGCAGUAUCGGCUACUCCAACGCCACAGCCAGGCUUCACCUCAAGCCCCUUUCAGAGGCCAAGACCGAGACCAACGCAAUCGGGCACGUUUACACCCUGCCCAUUUCCACUCCAGAGGCUGGUGCAAUUCUUUACUCGGGUGCAGGAGCUCCUGCAGUUCCUAAGGGGGACAAAGGCCUGAGCAGCAGGAUGGACAGGAUCCAGUGCAGCCGGCAGCGUACCACUGACCUCGUCGACGUUCCUUAAUU